AUGGGAAUCCAUAAAAUUUGGCAAUGUAGUAUUCUUGAUAGGGUAGAAUUAGGAAAGGGUGAAAGCAGUUAUAUAUACAUUCCAAAUCAGACGAUCAAUCAUCAAAUCGCGCGGCAUAAAUUAAAACCUAGCUCUAUAUAUCGUUCUAGAGUACAUACAGUACAGGCGGCCAUGGCUUCAAUUGAGCAAAACAACAAGCACCUUCUGAUGCUAAUGAGCUCCGACGGCGAGCAAUUCACGGAGGAGAAAUCCGUGGUGGUGCAAUUUUGCCGCAAUAUCAAAACCACGGUGGACAGCGGCGGCGCCGGCGACGGUAUCUUCGUCCCCAAAGUGGACGCCGAGAAUAUGGCGUUGGUUCUGGAAUACUGCAAAGAGCACUUCGAGAAGGACUCUUCUGAAGAUCCCGACGUGCAGGAGGAGUUAAAGCGGUUCGAUGCUGAGUUCGUGAAGGUGGAUUUGCUGCCUCUCUGCCUCCUCCUCCUGGCCGCCUAUUUUCUCGACGUCAAUAAGCUGUUAGCGGUUGCCUGCGAGGAGUUUUCCGGGCGGGUCAAUGACCGGUGCCCGCCCGAAAUCCGAGAGAUCCUUGACGCCCUGUAUGCGCAUGCCCUUCAAGAUGAUCACAGGGUGCAUGAGACUCCUUCAUUUAAAAGUGCAAUAGGUGGACAUCAAGUCUCUUCCACAUAUAUAUUAUAGUGAUAGUUUUUUCUUAGUUUUGGAACCACAAUUUAACUAUUCAAUUAAUUGAAAUUUGUUAGUAGAUUGUAUU